GGUCUGUUGCACCCCAUCUACUGGUUAUCUCAUUCGAGAUAGCGAGUGGACAUAAGGGUCAGUGUUACUUUUGGAGGAAAUUGGACAGAAAGCUAGGGUGCCAAAACAUUUGGAGGUAAGUGAAGACGAGCAUGUGAUAUCAUACGAAUACUCUUGAGGCAGUUCCCCUCAUUGUGCUGAGUGUUUUGAUAUGUCACAUGUCAUAUAAGUGGCACCUUUCGUCAAACCGACAGUUUUAUUGCCCUGACAGAUCAUAUCAGAUCAUAUCAGCUGAUAUGACAGCUGUCAUUAGUACUUUUCCCCGUCGGAGGCACAAAUCCUCAUGGAGGCAUACGGAGGUAAAAGACAUAAUUAAGAAGAAAGGCAACACCACCACAGUGAUAAAGCAAAGAGAAAAAGCAUGGCAAAGUAUUGCAGACCGCCUGAAUGCGUGAACUCUCUGGUGUGUUGCUGGGAGACAGGGUGUAUGGCUGCCAGCCUUUUCUCCUGGCACCUUUCACAGACCCCCAGGAAGCACAGCAGGCCUACAACCAUGCCCAUGCCAGGACCAGGGCCAGAGUUGAAAUGGCCUUUGGCCUCCUGAAGGCACGCUUUCACUGCCUUCACAAAUUAAGGGUCAGCCCUGUGAGGGCAUGUGACGUUUCUGUGGCUUGUCCUGUCCUCCACAAUGUGGCCUGCCAAUCCGGCAAUCUUCCCUGAUGACGACAGUGGUCGGCUGCUUAGGGACCAAUGUGUGUUGAAUUAUUUUAGUUAGUAUAUGUGCUUUCAAUUUUGGUUAAAUAUGUCCUGCGGUGGCAGAGGAAUUUGGUUUUUUUUGUGUUUAAAUGUAAUUUUUUUUUAAAAAUUGAUUUGGCCUCUUAUGUGUGUGCUGUAUACUGUGUGUAAUACAAGCUUGCAGGGAGGCUACUGCAUCCAUUCAUUUGUCUGUUCAGCUGAUGUGUAUGGAUUUGUCCUACAUUUAUUUCAGUGUGCAG